AUGUUGGACAACCACACUGCUUCUUCAUCUACUGCUCCAUCUUCUUCCUCUCAUGAUGCCUUAGAAAAUGGAGGAGCCACUCACAGAAGAAAAAGAAGACCAGCAGGCACACCAGAUCUGAAUGCAGAAGUUGUGUCUCUGUCUCCCAAGACCUUGUUGGAGUACGUAUGCGAGAUCUGCAACCAAGGAUUUCAGAGAGAUCAGAACUUGCAGAUGCACAGGAGAUGGCUCAAGGUGCCGUGGAAAUUGCUAAAGAGAGAAAUUGCUCAAGAUCAGGUCAUCAGGAAAAUGGUGUUUGUCUGCCCGGAGCCCAGCUGUCUGCACCAUGACCCUUGCCACGCCCUGGGCGAUCUUUUUGGGAUCAAGAAGCACUUCAAAAGAGAACACAACAAUCACAAGCAGGGAGUUGAAGUUGCAGAGAGAGGCUUUUCCUCAGCCAAGGACUACCAUGACUCUGGCUACCAGGACAUGCAUGUGCUCUCAUCACCAUCACUCCCUGUAGGCUGA